AUGUUGUUUCUUACACCAUCGAACAUGCUCUCGAUCUACGACUGGAUCAAUUACUUUCUUCUGCCGCAGCUCCUCUACACACUUUCCAAGAACAUCUAUCCCCCCUACCACUCCAGGACGGCCAAUAUCGUCUUCCAACUGAUCGGUUGGGUUUUUAUCACGACUAUCUAUCCACAUAUUACCGGCAAAUUGAUUGAGACCUCCCGGAACCUCAAGAAUCCCUCUGAGUUGGACGAAGAAGUAACUAUGGCUGCUGACCAUUCGAACCACGUUGAAUCCCAGUGGGACGUGGUGAUCAACGUCGAUGUCGUUGAGGAUGAGGGAUUUGUCAUUGUCCCGUCGAACGUGGUGGCUGUCAAUGACACGGAAGAUGAGGACUUCGUUAUUGUCCCGUCGGAAGUGGUGGCUGUCAAUGAGGUUGACAUGGUGAAGGAACCCAUUGCCAUCCCCCCUACCUCUGAACUCUUGGACGCUACCCUCGAGCUGGUAGAAGCCAAGGGGGUCGAGUCUGCUUUUACAUGUUUUUCUAUUAAAGAUGGGUACGCUCAUCAGCAGACACAGACCGACUUCAAGGUGGUGAAUACUUCGGCCUCUUCCUCUUCUGCUGAGGUAGUGAACGAGGCCAAGGAGAGCGACAGCGAAUGGAACCUUUUGAAUGCUUCUUCCUCAAUUGCUUCUGUGGCAAAUGGAGUCACCGAAAACGACAGCGGUGUCAAAUGGGUCUACGGCGACGAUGGUAAGGUGAAGGGGGUGGAGUAUAUCAACAUCCCCUCUACCUUAUACGGUGAGCGCAUGGAUGCCCUGAAAGCCUAUACCGUCUCCCCCUUUAUCCCAAACGGGGCACAACUCCGCGUGCUGAUUAACUUCACAAUCAAGCUGAUGGACGACGUGAACCGUGCGAAGGGUAUUAACGGGGAACUUUGUGACUUUAUCAACGAGCUCCUCUACAAGGACCACGUUAAGAAAGAGCCACAGACGGACCUAGACGAGGCUUCAGAGUCAGUACCCCCGGUUGUUCCCCCUUCUAACUUUCAUCUCUCGGAAGCUACUGAGAAGGUCUUCAAUCUGAUAGGAGGGUGCCCGAUUGAGCCCGACUAUGAAGUCGUUGAGCCCGGAUCCGUUCCUCAACAGACCAAUUUGGAGGAGGUUGCGGAGACUGGAGAUACUGACUCUACCACAGUCGAUGCCGACGCCGAGUGGGAGAUCCCGAGUGUCAAGAAGAUGGACGACCAGGAAGACGGUGCGGAUGAAGUAGAUAACACGCUUACUGUUACUGCUGCUAAUGAGGACGAUAGAUUUGAAUUUGUCCCUGCAAUGAACGCAGUCGCAAUAGAUCUAUUUAGUCCUGCCGCAUUUGACUGGGCGCUCGAUAAAGAGGAGGAACAGGAGAACGAGGAGCGCCUAAAAGAACUCCUCCGUCCGUCUGCCUUUGACUGGGCAGACGAAGCUGACGGCGACGACGAAGAGUCCGUCGUCGCGCGGGAUGAGAACGGUUUCCCCCGAGGUAUGCUCUAUAACUCUUUCCCCGAAGGCGAGAAUUGGGCCAUGGACCAGGGGCUGAUGUCAACAGACAUGAACGGUUUCCCGGAAAUGCAAGCUACUCCCCCUUCUGGCUUGGCGUCGACCGACGGCGGUGAAGAUGAAACGGCGAGAAACUUCCCGGAGCAGGAUGGCCCCAUAGUUCAUCAUUAUAACUGGUUAGGGGCCCCUGUUUUUGAGCAAAGCGACACGCCCCCGGAAGUUUCUCUCCUUGUCCGGUCUGUGCCCCGCAAAAGACUGGGGCGCAGUGACAAGUACCGUUUCCGGUCCAUAAUGCACAGAGCUGAGCUCUUCAUUGACCCUGUCAUUGUCAUGCUCGAGGAGGGGGUCAAGCGCCAGACCCAAUUUGAGAGAGUCACGGAGCUUGUACGCUAUGCUACCGGGCGGACAUUCAAGUUCUACUCCCCGUAUGGUGCGUGGGUUGCAGACCCUCAAGAGAAUGGCUCGAUUGUUGUGGAUGAACAAACGGAAGAUGUUGAAAUGAAUGAGAGAAACAUACUCAACAAUGGACGCCUGGGCUGCAAGCUAAAAUGCAGCCCAUCAUACGGCUUGGAAAGGGAGUUGCGUUCUCGGCGAGAGCACUUUCGGGUCAGGACCCGAAGUCAGAAGCCCUCGCCAUUGAGGCAGAUCAUGACGGUGGAUGAUCUGUCUCCAGAAAACGGUGAGACAGUGACCAGGAACCCGCUCGCGAUCCUCACCGAUGAGGAGUCCCAGCAGGGGGACUCUAGCACUGAUCAGUCCGUCUUCAGUUCAGCUACGGACUCUUCUCAGUCGGAUUCCGAUUCCGACUGGGAGGACAUAGAGAUGUCCGAUGAGCUGAGGAACAUCGAUCUGGGGGGCAAACCCAGAGGUAAAGUUUCCGAGCCUCAGGCAUCCGACUUGAAUUCGGAUUUCGAAUUGAAAGAAACCUGGACUGACGUUUCGAGAAAGGACUGUUUGUUGAGCGAUCCAGACCCCGUUGAGUCGCAGGUCGCGACGCUCAUCGAGUCACCGAAGUCUGACUCUUUGAGCAUGGGCUGGAUCAAAGACUUCAUACCAUGGUGCCCAGAACCGUACCGUAAAGUGGACGGUCUGGGUCAUAAUAAAUUGGGACUCUGUCCCAAUGUGCAGGUCACUGUCUACCCCGUACUACUUGACUCGGGGCCUGUUCCUGCUCUUGCCCUUGAAAAAGAGUGGGUUAAGGUUGACGGAGACUUGCCAACGUCGCUGUACUCCCGCGAGAUCGACGAGAUACGGCUUCCUUGGGAGCCUGAGCUGUCAGACAGCUCAGACGUCGACAGCCUGUCGUCGGGCACCUUCUCACACAACGUCGACACCUAUCACUCGAUCGUGUCGGACGAAUUCAACGCCUCUUUCGACGGCGAUGAGAGGAUGGUCUCCAGCGGGAGCCUUUCUCUAAUUACCGAUUCUGUCACUAGUACCCUGCAGCUAUCUUCUUCCCAAGAAGAUGCAGCUGCUGUGCCGCUCCCUCCGUCGCCUACCCUGGGACGUAAAAUUCCCAAAUGGCGAACACGCAGAUCCCGAGCCAAUCUCAGACGGCCCGUGGCUCUUCGGCACAGGGUAACCCCCCUCCGCACGACGCUGCCAAUUAGGCGAUCCCUCUCCACGAUGGCCAACAAAGACAAGAGAUGCCACUGUGGGAGGAGGAUUUCGUUGCUAGACGAGCCUGCAGAACCUGAGCCUGCUCCCUCAAAUUCAGGCUCCGAAUGCACGUUCCCGGCAGACUACGACUCCUUCAACCGGCUGGGGGUAAAGCCACCGAGGAGACGGUUCAGUCCUUUGGCUCUUCUUGAGAAAUGCAUCUCCAAAGCCCGAAAUGGAGCUCGUGCACUUUUUAAGAUGACCGAGAAGGAGCGCGAGCCGGAGGAGGAAAAUGGCAGGAAGGUGAGGAGAAAGUUGACAAAGCGGAGGAAGGAGCGACGUGAUGAGUAG